UCGAGUUUGAUCUGGCUGCCGUUACGCGCGUUCGCCCUUGCUCAUCUCGGCUCUUCUCAGCCAGGCUUUGGUCCUCCACGCGUCUCGGCUCUAGCCACGCCUUGUUCGGAAAGCAACUCGCCCAUCGUUCGCCUCCACACCCUCAAAAUCUCCAUAUCGUUUCGCCUCGCCCUCCCAUCUGCUCUGUCUCGCUCUGAGCCCUUGCUCCCGUGUUCCCUGUCCUCUCAACAACCGACCUCUCUCCUUCCAACCUCUCGCCAUGGCGGACAGCGGGGUCGCGCUGCCGGAUCAGCUCGUCGGCUUCUCCAACUUCAAACGCCACAACCCCAAGACGGACCGCUUCGACGUGCUCGAUUUCCACCACAUCGAGUUCUGGUGCGGCGACGCGACUAGCACGUCCGGCCGCUUCUCCUGGGGCCUCGGCAUGCCGCUCGUCGCGAAAUCCGACCUCACGACGGGUAACCAGACCUACUGUAGCUACGUCCUUAAAUCGAACGAUCUCGUGUUCGUCUUCUCCGCGCCGUACGGCGACCACGCGGCGGGCGCCGUCCCCGCGGGAUCGACGCCGGCGGCGACGGCGGCGGCGGCGAGCGCGGCGCCGAUGCCGUGGUUCGAGCGGCGGCAGGCGACGGAGUUCUUCGCGCGGCACGGGCUGGCGGUGCGCGCCGUGGGAGUGAAAGUGACGGACGCGCAGGCAGCGUACGAGACCAGCGUGGCGAACGGCGCCACGGGCGUGGUGCCGCCAACGAAGCUGGUGGACAGCAAGGACGGCGGGUCCGUGACUAUAUCAGAAGUCGCGCUGUACGGCGACGUGGUGCUGCGCUACGUGCAAGAGCACAGCGCCACCUACUCCGGCCCCUUCCUCCCCAACUACGCGCCCGCUGCUAACGCCGUCUCGUCCUACGGCCUCACGCGCCUCGACCACGCGGUGGGGAACGUCCCUAAGCUUCUAGACGCGGUGCGGCACAUCUUAAACUUCACCGGGUUUCACGAGUUCGCGGAAUUUGUCGCGGCGGACGUGGGCACGCUGGAUAGCGGGUUGAAUUCCAUGGUGCUGGCUAAUAACGCGGAAAACGUGCUGCUGCCGGUGAACGAGCCGACGUUCGGCACGCCACGAAAGUCCCAGAUCCAGACGUACCUGGAGCAUAAUGAAGGGCCAGGAUUGCAGCAUCUCGCGCUCUCGUGCUCGGAUAUAAUCGCGACGCUCCAGGAGAUGCGCGCGCGGACGGAGCUGGGAGGGUUUGACUUCAUGCCGCGGCCGUCGGCGAAUUACUACAAGGACCUGCCGAAGCGGAUUGGCCCGGAUAGUGGGUUGUCGGAGAAGCUUAUAAAGGAUUGCGAGACGCUGGGGGUGCUGGUGGAUCGGGACGAUCAGGGCGUGCUGUUGCAGAUCUUCACUCGGCCGGUUGGGGACAGGCCUACCCUGUUUCUGGAGAUCAUUCAGCGUGUGGGGUGCAUGUAUCCCGGCCCAGAUGGCACCUUGCUGCAGAAGGGUGGCUGUGGAGGGUUUGGCAAGGGGAACUUCUCGGAGCUGUUCAAGUCGAUAGAGGAUUAUGAGAGGUUGCUGGAUGCGCCUGCGCAGUGAGAUCAGCGGGCUGGCUUGACGGUUGUGAUAUAGUAUUGAGUGCCUUACUUUGUUGCUGUCAUUCGAGUAAUGUACUGCAAUUUUGUAUUAAAACCACAGGCUAAAA